AUGCGAUUCAAGACGUCAGUUCGGAAUAUUCAAACUUUCUCAAAGCUCACAGCUUCCCUCUCCUCCCUGGGGAAAGUAGCGUGGCUUCGACUAGACGAUGAUACCGUGCGCUUCACCAUCAUCCCAGAAACGGGGACCCAAGUAUGGGCCUCCCUAUCCAUAGACUCCAUCUUCGAAGACUACACCAUCCAAUCCGCCGCGCCCAACAACACAAUCAACCUCGAGCUCCCCCUCCCACCCCUCCAUCGCGCGCUGAAGUCCGCUAUAAAUGCAUCAUCCGCCUCCAUCCGCCUUACCAAGAAAGACGGCAUGCCAAUCCUCUCCCUAACCAUCAUCACAAACACAGUUAGCAGCGGGAAUAGCGCCCACGGGUUCCUAAACGCCGCAGCGGGGAAUCAAGACCCCUUCGGCGAGAACGGGGCUUUCAGGGAAGAAUCCCUGGAUGCAGGGAGGGAGAGAGAAGCUGUCGUCACGCAGGAUAUCCCCGUCCGGGUCCUGACUGCGGAUAGCGUAGAGGGGAUUCACGAGCCACGGGUUAGAGAGCCGGAUGCGCAUAUCAUCCUUCCGUCGCUCAUACAGCUCAAAGCUAUUUCUGAUCGCUUCACCAAGCUCGCCAUGAGUACUACAACGGCCGCCAAGGCCGGAUCAGGGAAUUCCAGUGUCCCGAAGUUGGAAUUGGCGGGCAAUAUGCAUGGCAGUCUGAAACUUAGUAUUUCUACAGAUGCCCUAAAUAUCGAGAGUGUAUGGACUGGCCUGACGAAUCCGGAGCUGGAUCCGGGACAAGUCGCGGAUGGGGAGGAAGGGCUAGAGGACCAUCCUAGCACGAAGUUGAGGGCUAGGGGCCCGGAUGCUUGGGCUAAAGUUAGGAUUGAUGGGAGGGAUUGGGGGAGGGUUUUGAGCGUGGGGAGGCUUGGGGGCAGGGUUAUUGCUUGUUUUGCGGACGAACAUGCGUUGAUCCUAUAUGUUUAUCUGGCGAACUAUGAGGAUGGCGCGGAUGAAUCGGUUCUGACUUAUUAUAUCUCCUCGUUCAGUGCCUAA